AACUCCCGCGUUUUUUGUAUCUGUCACAUCAAAAGUUGAAUGUCCUGUGUUGAAAUAUGUCUUUAUUAUUAAUUUAUUAAUGUUUUAGUGUUAUUUUACUAAAUUUAAAUAAGUCUUUUAGUUUAAGUAUUGCAUCUAAUAACUAUUUCAUAAUAUAACCAUGAAAACCAGCAAAUCUCCAGAAAAUAACGAAGUGACUCCUUCGAAGAAAAAAUUGAAGCAAGCUCGUCUUCCUUUUAAAUUAAUAAGUGAUAGUCCACCGUCGCCGGUCCCUCCCCUGACACGGAAAAGAAAGCUUUCAACACCGAACCCUGAAUCUGUCACAAAGAUCGGUAAAAUAAGCAAAGAAAAUGACUCGACUGAUAACUUGGUCGUCAUUAGCGACGACGAAUGUAAAGAUGAACAAGUGUCCGAAGUGAAGUCCUUGAAUCCCUAUAUUAAGUUGGUUGAUACAGUUUUAAAAAAGAAAAAACUUCAGAAAACAAAAAAGAAGAAAGCUGGGAAAAAAAGAUUGUCAAAAGAGGUGAAUAACUCCACAGAACAUGAUGAUAGUAUUACUUGCGACAAGCCUGAUAGUGAUGAGGUUAUGGAAGUGGAUAUACAAGAAGACAAUGAAACCGACACUGUGAAAGAAAAUGGCAAUGAAGUUGACUGUACAUCUAAUUCUAAACCAAGUUCCACAAUCAAUGUUAUUAACUCAAAAUUUCCACAAGACCAGAAACAAGAAGAAAAGAAAUCUUUAGAUUUAGAAAAUGAACAUACCUCUAAUGUCAAUGUCAACAAAAAUGAAAAUUAUAUAAAAGAUGUUAUAAAUGUUGAUAGCAGUGAUGAGAUAAAUCAGUCUAAGAAAUCUCCAAAAGAGGAAGUUACUGUCAACAAACUAACACCAAAGAGGAGUACUAGAAAUAAAGGUCAAACAGAUGAACAUAACCAGAGUAUGACAAGUAAUAAACUUAAUGAGUCUGUUACAUCAAAUCCUACUACUCCAAAACAUAAUAGAAAUACCAAUACCCAGGAAAAUGACUCUCUGAACGAAUCAACUACAAAUUUAACUCCUAAACAGCUGCAGAAAAGGUUGGAAUCAGCAAAAAAGAAAGAAGAGAAGGAAAAAGAAAGACUGGAUAGGGAGAAAAAAAGACAGCAGGAAAAAGAUGAGAAAGCUAAAUUAAGACAGGAAAAGGAAGAACAGAAGAAAAAGGAAAGGGAAGAGAAAGAAGAGGCAAAGAAAAAGGAGAAGGAAGAGAAAGAAGAGCAAAAAAAAAAAGAAAAAGAAGAAAAGGAAAAACAAAAAGAAUUGGAACGAAAGUUGAAGGAAGAAAAAGAUGACCAAAAACGUAAAGAAAAAGAAGAAAAGGAAGAACGAAGAAGAAAGGAAAAAGAAGCCAAGGAGGAAGAGAAACGAAAGAAACAGGAAGCCUUGGAAUUAGAGAAACAAGAACAAGAGUUAAAAAAAAGAAAGACAGCAGAGGCCUUUGUUAAUUUCUUUGUUCCUAAACAGAAAGUAGAGAAAGAUCAAACUGUUGAUCCCAUAAGUAAAAGUAGCAUGCUUUCGAGUUUUACUAAAAAGGCUGACAUGCGACUAGCUCCUAUUGUUAGAACUUAUUUAGAUGAUGAUAAACGCCAAGAGUUAGACAAUAUUAUGGAAACACAAAGUACGGCACAGAUUGCACUGUAUCUUAAAGAAAUUAAAAAUGGCAUUUUAAAACCACUUUCAACUGGUAAAACUUGGCCUCUUGAUGAUAAAGAUGAUGAUGUCAUGAUAAUUGAAGAUGAGUUGCCAUCUCUUGGUGGUACUGGAGAAGUUAUUACAUGUGACAAUGCUGUACGGGAGAAACUUCGUCCUAAACUGCUAAGCUUCCAUGAGAACAGACGCCCACCAUACUGGGGCACAUGGAGGAAGAAGAGCACAUCUGUUAAACCUAGAAGACCUUUUGGGCAAGAUCAGAAACAAUUGGACUAUGAUGUGGACAGUGACGAGGAAUGGGAAGAAGAACAAGAAGGCGAAAGCAUCGAUGGUAGCGCUGCCGGCAGCGAUGAUGAACAAGAUGCCGAUGAGUAUGAGGUGGACAAUGAAGUUUUUGUGCCACAUGGAUAUCUUAGUGAUGAGGAAGCCACAAUGGAUGAAGAUGAUGUAUUGUCAUUGUCUCCGGAAGCGCAACAAGCUAGACUGAAACAUUUAGAGGAUGAAUUUGAGUCAGAAAUGAAGAAACCAACAGAAAAAUUAAAGCCAAGAUUAUAUGGCUUAUUAUGGGAAACAAGUGAUUGUGGAAAACCCGAACACUGUGUGGAUGCUUUGUGGAAUUACUUUGGGAAAUUAUCUAUGAUUAUGAAUGACCCAACACCGCUUUUGAAACCCUCAAAUGAACCAGACGAAUCUGAGAAGAAAAAAGUAAAAAAGAAGAAAGUACAGGAGCAAGAAAAUCAAAGUCCAAAAAGUGAUAAAAAGAAGAAGGAAAAAAAAGAAAAAGAAACGAAACCUAAAGGCGAUAUAAAGAAAAACACACCAGAAAUUAAGAAAAAUCAACCUGGUAUAAAUUCAUUUUUAACAAAAAUAAAAUCUACCUAAUAAUUUUAUCAGAUUUUUAUAAGUUAUUUUAUAAAAUAUGGUGCGAGUUUAUUGUCUCAUAAGUUUCUACUGACAAUGUUAUAUAUUACUACUAUGAUAUAUAAAAGUAGUAAUAUAUUUAUUUAUACAUAUUACAUUACCAUUUCAAAAAUUCCUUUGGUACCUACAUAUAUAAUACGUAUAUUUUUAAUAGCCUCUUAAUUAUAACUCUGAUUAAGAAGUAUAUUUAUCCGCUUGUAUAAUGCAUUUAUUUCUAUAUACAGAACAAUAAAAAGAACAUGUAUGUUGGAUUGAGUUCUAGCAGUUCAAUAAAAUAUAUUUGGAUAUAGAGAUAAGUAUGCAAUGCAAUGCAAAUGCAAAGUACGCAUGGCAAUGUGACAGUAAUAUUAUUCUGUCUGACGCUGAAUGUAGGUACAUAUGUAUAACUUUACUAUGAACAGAAUGGACACUUUGUAACAUCAAAUAACAAAAAAUUGAUUGUUAUUUCUAGAUAUUGUAUGCCUAGAGCUUAGUUUCAUCUAAGAAGGUCAACUAUUCUAUUCUUUCUAUUUCACGGCACAAAUCUUAUUUCUGUGGGAUAUGUAUGUAUGCUUAUUACUGUUUUAAUUAAAAUAUUAAAGUUCCACAAAAACAAAAUAAUUUGUCAUGUUAUUUUAAUAGAUCUAUAAUAUUGGUGUAAAUAUCAGAUGUUUCUUUUCAUAAGCUGAA